AUGUUGAUACCCUUACGUUCUAUCCCCAGGUCUCAAUUGGCGCGGACUUCUCGAGGUUUUGCGACUGUAUCACCUGUGGUUGGCCACAACAGGAAUCACAAAAUUGUCGUAGUAGGUGGAGGCUCCGCUGGCCUUGCUAUCAGUCAUCAGCUCCUUAGGCAAGGAAAUCUUCAUCAAGACGAUAUUGCUAUUGUUGACCCAGCCACCUGGCAUCACUAUCAACCUGGAUGGACUCUGGUUGGAGGUGGUCUUAAGACAAAGGAGAGUCUCCGAAAACCUUUGAAGGAUUUGAUUGAUUCGAAACUUAAGUUUUACAAUACCGGUGUGGAGGGGUUUUCCCCAGAUGAAAACUUCAUUACAUUGAAAAACGGGGAUAUUGUUAAUUAUGACCAACUCGUUGUUGCUCCAGGUAUUACGGUUGAUGUUGGAAGUGUGAAGGGAUUAUCCGAAGCACUUGGAAACCCAGAUUCUCUUGUGUCCUCUAUAUAUAAUUACGACACUUGUGACAAGGUCUUUGGUACGAUACAAAAACUUCAAAAGGGAAAAGCAAUUUUCACCCAACCAGCCGGUGUUAUCAAGUGUGCUGGUGCUCCGCAGAAGAUUAUGUGGCUAGCAUUGGAUCAUUGGAAACGUGCUGGUUUAUAUGAUAUUAAGGAUCCUUCCAAUUCCGCGAUAAAUAUUUCUUUUGCCACUGGUCUCCCAACAAUGUUUGGUGUUCCCAAAUAUAGUGCCAAGCUUGAGGAAUUAAGAAGAGAAAGGCUUGUGGAAGGGUUGUUUCAGCAUGACCUCACCGCCAUUGAUGGUAACAAGGCAACUUUUACUCGUCCAGAUGGUAAAGAUCAGGUUACGAGAGACUUUGAUCUUUUGCAUGUGGUACCAAAGAAUAAACCACAUGAUUUUGUCAAGAAUAGCGUGCUUGCAAAUGAUGCUGGGUAUGUCAACGUCGACGAAGGGACUACCCGUCAUAUCAAAUACCAUAAUAUCUGGUCUGCUGGAGACGCUUCAAGUCUGCCAACCUCCAAAACAAUUGCAGCGAUCACUGCAGAGGCACCAGUUCUGGUUCGAAAUCUGCUCUUGGCUAUUGAUGGUCGGGAACCGGAGGAAAUUUACGAUGGCUAUACGUCGUGUCCUCUCUUGACUGAAUAUGGCAAGGUACUUCUUGCAGAAUUCAAGUACGGCGGAGUACCAAAGGAGACAUUUAACAAAUGGUUCGGUAUUGAUCAAGCCAUUCCGCGAACGGAAUUUUAUUAUUUGAAAAAGAAUUUCUUUCCAUGGGUGUACGGGAAAUACAUGGUGAAGGGUACUUGGGGUGGACCAAAGGGUUGGAUCAAAUAA